UGGCUGUCAAACUCAACACAGCCGUGCCGACGAACAGACCGCACAAAGCGUAAUGCAAAAGAAUUGAAAAAAAUCAUCAAGUAUAGAGGCCAAAAAGCGAAUGCAGCAAGUCGGCAUAUAAUUAAACAAUUCUCGUUCGAUGUGGAGCAACUAAAUGUGGCGAUUACAGCAAGGCGAAGAAGGCGAGCGGCAAACGAAUUGCGGUAAGGUGGCAGCAAAAUAAGCCGAUAAAACGGCGACCGCAAUUUAGGAACACUCACACACACAAUCAGACAUAAAGUUACGGGCCACACAACACACACAUGCCACUGAGAGCCUCCCAUACAAGCAGCCACAACACACACACACACAUACAAGCGCGCGUGCCUUGGCAGGUGAGAAGAAGAAGAGGUGGCGAAAGGAGGCGGAGGAGAAUAAGGAGCAAAAAGGAGGCGCCAAAGGCCCCACAAAAUUGGAUAGAAUCGGAAUAAGGCUGCAUUAUCUGCUUGGGAAGAGGAAGCAGCAGCAGCAGCGGCCGUCGAAGGAGAAGAAGCAGCAGCAUCCUAUAGGGAAGUAGAAGACGGAGGAGGAGGAAGCAGCAGUAGAAAAACCAACAGAAGCAGCAGCAGCGUAUUUGGCGAAAAACUUGCAUUGAUGGUAAUGCAUGCUAGAAAACCGCAGCGUAUGAACGAUGGGUACUUUGAGAAGCAUACCAGUCACACAUCAUACCAGAGCUCAAAGUACAGCAGUUCAAAGCGCGACUAUGAACGCGAUCGUUCCUCCAAUUAUCGCGAUCGCGACCUGUCGCCAGGCGCUGGCGGUGGCGGAGGCGGUGGAUCCGCUGGAGGUGGCGGCGGUGGUGGUAGCGGCAAUGGUGGCGGGCCAUUAAACAAUGGCAACAGCUACCGCUCCCAAUCGCCGGACAUUGAUUCGCCAUCGUCCCGUUCGCACGAUCUCCGAGAUCGUAGUGAUCAUCGCGGCGGCGGAGGUGGUGGCGGUAAUGGCCGUGGUGGCAGCGGCGAACGAUAUAGCUUCAUACAAAAGAUGCGGGAUCGAGAUCGGGAUGUUUACAAAAAGGAUAAAUAUUCAGACAAACGUGAUCGGCGUGGCAACGAUCGCGACUCGGAGUCGUCAUAUCGCACCAACCAUGACAGGGAUCGCCGUGGCGGUGGCGGAGGAGGAGGUGGCGGCGGAGGAGGCGGUGGUGGUGGUGGAAGCAAUGCCAGCGGCAAGCUCUGCUCCUCGCGGGAGAAUGACAAACGCUCGGGGUCCGACGAUCGCGAUCGGGAACGGGAUCGAGACCUGCGUGACCUGCGCGACAAGCGGGAUCGUGGAUCCGAUCGCGACAGGGACAUGUAUAAGAAGGACAAGUAUGCAGACAAACGCGAACGCAGCGAUCGUGGCGAGCGAACGGCGCGUUAUGGCGACUGGAGCGAGCAUGUCAGCUCAUCGGGCAAAAUGUAUUACUACAACUGCAAAACGGAAAUCUCUCAAUGGGAGAAACCAAAGGAAUGGGUAGACAGAGAAAGAAAUUUGCCGCGCGAUCAGCAUCGUGAGAAAGACUAUCGCGACAAGGAUCGCGAUCGGGACCGCGAUGAUCGUUUCUCCAGAUCGACAUACAAACAUUCCAAUUCUUCGCGCGACAAUACACGACUGAGAUGGAAUUACAACGACAACGAUGGUCCGCCCAGUCAUCGAAGACGUUUGGAUGGUCGACAUAACGACAAUGCUGACAUGGACAUAAGCGGUGACUCUACGCCUACGUCGGAGGCUAGUUAUUCACUGAGCGGCACGCCCACCACACACGGCGGUGGACCGGGCAGUGGUGGUCCAGGUGGUAGCAGCGACCAGCCAAUGGGCAAUGCCCUGCCGCGUUUGGCCUCCCAUCCGAAUGCGAGUUCCUCCGCUUCGGUGGCAGGUGCGGGAUCGGCGGCGGGACUGCAUUACGGCAGCGGAGCGGGCGGUGGCCCAGUAACGGGUGCCACAAUGCUGCCCACCAGCGGACUGUCGUCGUCGGGAAUAGUUAACAGCAACAGCAGCAACAGUGCCAGCGGCAGCAGUAACAAUGCCAGCAGCAACAGCCUAAGGAAUUCUGUUGUCGGCCACAUUGGCUCCACUUCCGGCACAACUGUGCCCACACUGGGGAGCCAGGAUCCGCACCAGCACCAUCUAAACUCGAAUGCUCCACUGCCACCGGGUGCCAAGGGCAAGGAUCAGGCGCUGCUAAUGCGCCAAAAGAUGCACCUGGGUCUGGGCGUCCUUGAUGUACAAUCACAUCAUGGCGUCAAUUCUGUUGGUUCGGCGGCAGAUGGAGUGGCCAACCAUGCCUACAAUUCGGUCAAUAACUCGGUCCCCGGCAGUUUACGGGACAACAAUGUGAACUCCCCGCUGUACAUGCCCCAUCCGCAUCACAGCCUCUCGCCGCCGUUGAGUUACACCAAGAGUCCCAUCCCGACGAUUGUGGGCCAUACAAAUAACGUGAGUAACGCCUACACCUGCAAUCCACCCUUCGGCCUAAAGACGAGCCUUGAUGGCGGAGUGCUGGUGGCGAAUGCCUCACCGGCCACGCCCGGAGGCAAUGCCUCCUCCGGCUCCAGUGGAGCGAAUAGCAGCCAAAGCAUCGUGCCCGGCUUGGGCGCUGUCAGCGGAAUCAGUGUGAUCACCUCGAUGGGCAGCAACAGCGGGGCGGCGGCGGGUGGCGAGGGCCCGCCCACGCCUACCCAGGAACUGGACUUAAGCGGUACGUCGCUGGAGCAGCAACAGUUGGCCGCCGCAGCGGCAGCCGCAGUAGCUGCAGCAGCGGCAAGCCUACAGUUGCAGGCGGCACAGCAAGCCCAGCAGCAGCGUAAAUUGGAUGGCACCUCGUCGGCCACGCUGAGCUCGCUGCAGAGCUGCGUGAGUUCAUCGGGCCAAGCGGCAAACCUUCGUGGUCCCGAGAUUUCGCCCAAGCUGGCCAAAUACUACCGCGCCGACCUGAUCGCGCAUGUGACUAACUGGCAAGCGGAGGUGCUGGAGCGUCAGGCGCAGAAGUGCUGUGAGGAUACGCACCUAUUUGGCGACAUCACCUGCACGAGGAUAUGCGCGGAACUAAAAUGCGCCCGCAGCCUGGUGCGCAGCACCGAGAUCAAUGCCACCCUGCAGGAACAAAAAAUCAUGUAUUUGCGCCAACAGAUCCGCCGUAUUGAGGAGUCGAAGACUCAGAACGCGUUCAUGUCGGACGAUACUUAGGAUCAGGAGCAGGUUAGGCUGCGCGUACAUCGCAAGCUGUCUGUCAGGCUCAAAAAGAGCUUAUUCUGGCGCAGCUGAUGAUGAUUGCGAUGAUGAUUGGUCCAUUGUGGUCGCCGCCAGAAGCUAGCCUUUGUCCUCGUUUCGCAUGCCCAAUUUAUACCAAAUUUAUUAUGGUUAUAUCUGGGUAUGGUAUGGUUUAGAGAUGGAUGACAACGACUGGCGGUGGGCCAAUUACAAUGACUAAUAAACUGCGUGCAUCCUGCUCCAUCCUUCUACUUCUCUCCACUUGGGCGACGCAUCUCUCCCCACCACCACCACCACUACUACUACCACUACCAGCCCGCGAUUAACUUGUGUUCGGAUCGAGUUCCAUUCUGCCCCCUUCGCGUAAAACCGACCAUAUAUUGGUGGCAAAAUAUAUGGUACUGGGUUAAGCGGACUUAUAUGGACUUGGCACAAGAAAGAUCCGGAUAAAUCAACCAACAGCUGCAACAAGAACUCCAACAAGAAACACAAAAACUAAAACAUAAUUUAUAAUUAGCAAAGCGUAAAUUAAAAACAAAACUAAACUUAAAUAAGCAAAAACAAAAGGCGGAGGAAAAGCCAGAGAAAUAGCCACAAACAACACACUCAAGAUAACUACAAAAGGAGAAUAGAGCCGUCAAAGACCUAUCAAGAUCAAGAAGCAAUAUGGAUAAAGCCUAGUAACGAAUCGAAAAAAAACAAAACAAGCAAAAACAAACACAAAACUAAAAACUGAAAAGUGAAAACAAAAGUUAAUUAAACGAAAUAGGAUCAAGAACACCAGCAACAACAACAUCAACAACAACACCAACAAACAAACAAACAAACAAAAACAAGUCAACAUAGUAUACUCAACUGCAAUAAAAAGCUAAUUAAACUAUAUACAAAUUAUAUAUAAAUAAAUAUAUAUAAAUAGAGUA